AUGUCGACUUACAAUGGUUUUUACUCCCUUACCGCCGGAAGACAGCCCAUCGAUGACUCUUUCUCCUGGAUCAAUCUGCUCCAUCAGCGUGAAAAAGAAGAAGAUGUAUCGUUUGUUCCACUCGAUGCGCUUGCAGUUCCAUUGAAACAGGACUUUCGAGAAUCAAUUGAUGUGGGAUACUGGUUUUUGACACGCAGCCAAGAAUAUGACUCUAUUCACAAAAACAAAAAAGAUAUUAGAUGGUUUGCUGAAGUGGAAGAUAUGUGUGGGUUCUACGUCCUUGGAAGUAUGAAGAAAUGUGUGGAUGAGAAGUUCUGGAUCAACAUUCUCUCCAGAACGGUUUACAGCCGAGACAACAUGCGCCUGGAACCGAAUAUGGAAGGAAGGGUUAUUCUUCUCCCACCGUAUAGUGGAGAGGAGUACAGAAAGAACAAACCAGAUUAUAAGACCGAAAGAAAGAAGAUUCAAGAGGAAGCUGUCAACCACCCUUCAGUUAGUGACGAAUUCGAUGAAAAGAAGGACAAGUUGGAAGAAACUGAGUUUUUCGUGGGACAGAGACUGGAGCUUCUCGACAAUGAUGACAGCAGCCGAUUGCAUGUGGCACGCAUUCAAGAGAUUAGAGGAAGAAGAUGGCGAGUGAAGAUUCAGCAAGAAGACUGUCCGACGGAUCUAGACAGUAUGCUCAACGAGAGUCAGACUGAAAAGGACGGGACGUUUUGGGUGGAUGAAGAAAGUGUAUUCGUCUUCCCUGUUGGAUUUGCGGCCAUCAACGGCUACAACAUCGUCGCCCAGGAUGACUACAUCACGCACACUGAGAAAAUUAGAGAUGCUAUCAAAGCCCAACAACAUCCAGCAUACGAUCCAGAGGAUAUUCAAGAGACGAUGCUUCGCAGGGAAGCAAUUCCAAAAAAUCUCUGGAGUAGGAUUGAAGAAGGCCAAAAGUUGGAGUUCCUCGACCCUCUUGACGCCAAACAGAACAAACUGACUGUAGCCUCGGUCCGCAAGGUCUGCAUUACUCAUGGAUACGUCAUUGUGAGCGCUGAUGGAGAUGAUGAGGAAACAGUCCCUAUUCACGUGAUGAGUGGAUACAUAUUCCCUGUGGGAUAUGCCGAAAAGUAUGGCAUGAAACUGAAGAAGCCAUUGAACUUCAGAGGAAGAUACGCCUGGAACAAGUACUUGGCUCAGGAAGGAGCGGUUUCUAUUCCAAAAGAGCUCACCAAGCCCGUGCCAUCUCAGGAAAGACUGGAUAAGUUUGAGGUCGGAGCUUACUUGGAAGCAUCGGAUAUGAAUGACAAUACGAGCAUUUAUCCAGCACGUAUUGUCUCCCUUCACGGCAGACUCGUCAGAGUGUCUUAUUUAGGCUACGAGAGCAGUGACGAUGCUUAUUUUGACAUUGACUCGCAUAGCUUGUUCCCAAUUGGCUUCUCUGAAAUCUGUAACUUCAAACUUCAGCGUCCAAAAGUUGAGUAA